AAGAGAGAGCCAGUGCACUGGGACUUUGCUAUCUGAGGCCUCUGCCUCCAACAAAGGUGAAACAAUUUUUUCUAAUAUUGGGACUGAUUGGUAUGCUUUACCUGGACAAGGCAUGCAAUGUCCAUGUGAAACUGCAUAUUUUCCCAUCACCAUGCAGUGAAUCUACCAUAGUUACAUGUCUGCUGGAGUUCCUGCUUUGGGGUGUCAUGUGGCCAACUUCAGACCCCAACUCACUGCACUGACUUAUGUCAGUUAUCAGACCAGGAAUGAACUGCUGCUGAUAUCAGAUGCUGUAGCAUUAGAGGAGCCUAAUUAAAACCACAUUGAAAGAAUAGUGGAGCAAGGAGAAAGAAGAUAUGUUUAUCUACAGAGACAUCCGCAAAGUGGGAGACAAGAAAAUCAAGCUCAUCAAGGUAGCUUUGCAGAACACAGCAACUGCCUGACAAAGAACUUAGGUUUGCUACUUCCCAUACAGCCUCCUGAGCUCUCCAGUAUGUGGAAGCUGGUCAUCUUGGUUCAAUGUGCUACACUGAUUUUAAGAGGCUUGGGACAAGGAACUCCAUUAAGGCCUGAGGAGACAUGGAAAUCACUGGACAACCCCAGAAACAGGGAUCUGUUUUUCAGAACUCUCAAGGCUUAUUUUUCUGGGAAAGACUUUAAUCUCAGAAAGUUUGCAGAUGAUUUCUCAGUUAAUGAUAAACCAAGACCAGUCGCUUUCUAUUCGGAUCCUGUUGCUUCAGCGUUUGCAGACUUUGAAGAAAAGAAAAGCUCACUUACACAUUAUCUCAAAGGCUGAAAGUGUGGAUCAAUGUAUCUGCUUGCCAGAUUAUUUGGAAGCAUAUAUGGAGAAAUGUUUUUAAAUGACUGACAGGUUACUAUUUUUCUUAAAGGUCAGAUACUGCAUAUAGAAGUGUAAAAACCACAGUUUAUUUAUUUUGUUUGUAUUUGUUUAAAUAUAAAUAAAUUAUAAAUUAAAACUACA